AUGGCUUCUGAAAAGAAUGACCCAAAGGUCGUGGAUGAUGAGAGCGAAGAAGAAGUUAAUACUUCCGAUGAAGAGUCCAAUGCCUCAACAACCAUGAGCGAGAUAGUGCAGGAGAUGAUGGAGAACAAAGACAUCCCGAGUUUGAAGGACUACCUCGUCAACCUUGAGAUUAAGAACGCCAACAUUGACAAGCACAUCAAGGAAAUCAAGGAGUUCCUUAAGACUAACGUCCCGAAGAAGGGCAAGUUCACCAUCACGGUCAUCAUCAACAAGCAGUCCUUCAAGAUUGAAGUUUCCAGCGACUCCUCCUACAAGGACAUCCGCCGUAAGUUGUGGGACUCGUUCAGUGAUGAACUCAUCGCGUUCGGUUACACCAGAACCUCCUUUGAAAUGGCUACCAACUAUGACAUGGAGUAUGGAACCAAGCGUCUCUCUCACCAUCCUCGUGCCACUUUGUCGUCAUGGAAUAUGGAAGGCGAUGUUGUACGUCUUAUUCCAAAAGAUGAACGCACAAAGAAGCGAGUUACAAAGAAGCAAGCACUCUCCGAAGCCAUGGGCAAGCGUGAUGACAAGAAGCACAAGGACAACAAGAAGGAUGACGACAAGAAUGACGACGACAAGAAGGGCACGAAGGGAACCUCCAGCAGUAGCGGAUACACGAAGUGA